AUGCCCUCACCAUUUUUGGAUGUUGAUGGUCUCCCAGUCCCUGAAGACCAAAUCUUAGGGAAUGGCGGCACGGCUCUUGUGAUCAUUCGAAACGAAUUGGCGGUUAAGAUGCCACUGCGAUACCGAUGGACCUCUGAAUCGGACUUCAACUCUCACCUAUCAGUCAUUCGGAAAGAGCAGGAAGUUUACCGCCGUCUACAACAUAGCGGGAGGUCUUGCUGCCAUAUCGUUCACUGUGUCAAUAUUUAUUCGAACCGCACAGAACUUGCCUGGAUGAAACAUGGCGACUUGCGCUCCUUCCUGACAAAGAAUCAACCAUCCCGAUCGCAGAAAUUAUCAUGGUAUCUUGCUAUGGCUUCUGGCCUUGCAUAUAUACAUAGCCAAAGGGUGCUUGUCGCUGAUAUUGCGAGUCGAAACUUCCUUGUGGACUCGGAUCUUUCUAUCAAGUUUUGCGAUUUCACAGAGUCUACUCUUUUCCCUAUGGAUACCGAUAUGGGUUCGGUUGAUGACCUUGGUUACACGGUCGAGCUUGAUAUUCGUCUUCUAGCUGCUGUCUUUUAUGAAGUUGAGACUGGAGAAAAGUGCGAGGUGGUUCUAUAUAAGGAGGAUGACCCUUUAGACGACCGUGCUUGUUGGCCAAAACGGCAGUUUCUUCCAUCCACGGAGAGCCUACGAAUUGGUCCUAUCAUUGAAUCAUGCUGGAAAGGAGAAAUUCGUAGCGCUGAUGCUUUGGUGCGAGCUCUAACUUUGCUUUAUCAUAAAACCCCCAAAUCACGGCUCGAAGACCAACCUGUUGGUUUCUUGUCGCGCCUAUGUACGUUUUCAAAUUCUGGACCAACUAUGGUGUUUGGGCUACUCGCUACGGCGGCAGUGCUGGUAUGGUCAAAGCGGGGGCGCUAG